AUGGCGCCUUCCCCACCUCCCGCCACUAAACCAGCCUCUUCAAGAAGUGAAAAUCCCGCUCCGUCUAGCUCAAAAAAGGAAGAAACAUCAGAUCCCAAAUCUACUUCCAAAUUCGAACAACCUCUAUCAACAGAUGAGCUUGACAAGUUACUAUCUCGCGAAGCUUCCGCAUUUCAGCGGGACGUAGAAGUAGACCGGAUUUUGAAAGCCUUCAAACUUAACCCUUACGACGUUCUUGGUCUCGAUCCAACUUGUACUGCCGCAGAUAUAAAAAAACGAUACAGGCAUCUGUCACUAUUCAUACACCCUGACAAGGCUACCCAUCCACGUGCAACUGAUGCCUUUGAUCUGUUAAAAAAAGCAGAGGCCGAUCUUAUGGAGCAGACCAAACGAGAUGAACUUGAUGCUGUUAUGCUGGAGGCUCGUGCACAAACACUUAAAGCCAACUCCUUACCUGCAGGAAUUAGCGAUACCGACUCACGUGUGCUUGCACUUGUCCCUAGUUUCAAGGAACAAAUUCGGACUCGCGCAAGAGACAUCCUGAUCGACGAAGAAGUCCGAAGAAGAAAAGCCAUUAAAAUGAAUCUAGCAAACGAAGGGCUCGAAGCCCGUCGUAAGGAAGAAGAAGCUGCCACGAAAAAGCGCAAAGCAGAAGAAGACGCACGUUGGGAAGAGAACCGGGAUCAACGUGUUGAUAGUUGGCGCUCGUUCAACGCAGGCAAGAAAAAGAAAAAGACCAAACCUAAUGUGAUUGGAUGA